GGAGUCGAUUUCCAGCUCCUUUUCACCAGCCGAGUCAAAAGAUCUUGCUCAAGAGACAGGUUCGAGAUUCGUUGUGGUUGGUGUCAUAUCACGUAGCAUAGAGGACAAUGAGGUCGCAAAGAGCGUCACUCGGCGCUUCGUUGGCACUACGGUGGCUGCGACCCUCUACAAACCUGUUCCCGGCCAGCUACCAAUGCGGUUGGUGGCGCAAGUGUACACUGAGCCAUCUUGCGGUGCCCGGUGUCUGUAUGCUCUCACGGAUAAAGGCCCCAGCACGCGGUUGUGCAACGCCCAUACCGUCUCCCAAGACUUUGUUUUUUUCUUUUCUGAGUUUCGUACGUUGGCUAGCAGUACUGUUAGUAGACGGAAGGAAUGGAUACAGCGCGUCCAAGAGUUCAUCGCUGCUCUUCAUACAGCGGACAGGGUCCCCACUUUUGGGGGGGGGGGGAUACUACCUGCUCCGUCAUUCUGGGGAAUCAAAUAACGCUUCAGAGAAGUAUACUCGGAGUGUUCGAGGGCAUUUGUCAAACCGACCGAGGAACCUCUCAAAAGAUUAAAGAGGUUAACCGAGAAUGACGACCAGCUUGACACCCCCUUCCAGUCUCUUAUUCAGAAGUGGCUAUCCAUCGAGACCGACCUCACGGAAAAGGACUCGCAAUCUCUGUCGACGGAGGUCAUAAAAAGGUGGCCAACAUGUGAAAGAGUCUUGUCCCCUCAUCGACUUUAAGCAGUCGGGCU